AUGGUGGACCCUGCCAUCAGCUACAAGAGGAAACGCAGUGCAGAGGGUGCAGGACAGAAGAUGGCGGGGGAUGGUGUACUUCUUUCAAAUCAGUACUCUGCUCAAUCAGUCAUCUCAUCCACUGCACCCCAAACCAUUGUCCUGCCCAGUGUGCCCUCACCACACCUCUCCAGCACUGUAUAUUCCCCCACAUCCAAACCCUAUGAUGGGCAGAGAGGAACACCUGACAGUUGGCCUUCUGUCCCUGCAGUAGGAACUGUACUUGUUUCGGGGCCACAAGGACUUGGAGUUUUACCUCCUGGCUUAAAGCAAGCCUCCACUGUAGUUACAAAUGUAGUCAAACCAGUUAGCAGCACACCAGUUCCUAUUGCAAGUAAACCAUUACCCAUUGCCAGGAGCAGCAGUAGCAGUGAACUUUGUGACGGUCGUGUACCUGGUUCCCCGUUGGGCAUUGGGGUUGUGUAUGCUCACGACAGGAAACCAGUUCAACAGCUGACAUCUCCAGCUUCUCCCCACCCACAGGGCAAACCUGCUGGUGGACUCGUAACCAACCUUCUGGUGGGGGCGCCUAGCUAUGGACAGCCAGCCCCUGCUUCAGGAAAUGGGGCAGGUUCUGUUACUGCACUGCAGUUCAUUACCCAGAACCCCACAGGCAGCCCCAACGGAGCAGUACCUCUGGGCAUUCUUCAGCCACAGCAGCUGCUUCCUGCUUCAAGCAAGAGGGGUAAUAUCACCCAAGUGCAGUACAUCUUGCCCACCAUCCCACAACAGCUGCAAGGAGGCAUCCACUUCACCCUUCCUCCUGCAAGUGCUAAAGUGAUUGCCACCCCUCAGGCUGUCCCAAUUGUCCAGCCUGGCCCGGCUGCUAGCCCAUCUCUGGGCAUUGUGUCAGCAGCUGCCAAAGCCCAGUCGGUGUCUCCUGCCCCUUCACCUGGGAGCUGCACCCAGCUGCUUUCUGGUCCAGGAAUCCUGUCUCCAAGUACCCCGGUUCAGGGCAAGAUGCUUGUUCCAGUUACCACACCUCAUGUGACAGUGCGAGCAGGUCCUACAACGACACAGCUGCCACUUGUGACCUCCCCCUUCCCAGUCCAGAAUGGUGCACAGCCUGCGAACAAGAUUAUACAGAUCACUCCAAUGCCCGUGGUGCAACCGCCAGCUCCGAAGCAGAGUGCCUUAGUGACUCCGGGCAGUUCAACACUCCAGAGUGCUAUCCCUGUCACCAUGGCAACCGCAGCAGUUGUAGCAGCAGUAUCUCAACCACAAAAAGUCAUUCUGCCAUCAUCAACUAGGAUCACAUAUGUGCCCUCAGCAGCAGGCAGCACCCUUCCUCUGGUGACCACAAGCUCACACUCCCAGUCUAUGACAGCAGGCACUGCCCCAUGUGUCCAGCCUUCACUAGGGACUGGGUCCAUGGCACUUGGCUUCACCACCAUAAGUCCAAAUGGUCAGGCCAUAGUCCAACCACUACUAGCAGGGCAGAGCCACAUCCUUGCCCCCGGGCAGGUCACCGUGUCUCCGGCCUCCACACCUCCUGUACCAGCCACCUGUGGCAACCAAGUCUUAACUGCGAUAUACCCAACCGUCGGGUCUAGUACGCUGACUAUGGCGGCUGCUGCUCCAGCUCAGAAUUUAGUGUGCACUGUGGCCAGUACAGCCUCUUCCGUUACUUUCAGUUUGGUGGCUCCCAAAUCUCAGAGGACCCUCUCUAAGCCGCCUCAGAAAGUGAAGGCAGCCAUUGCCAGUAUCCCAGUGGGGUCAUAUGAGGCUACAUCGCCCUCGCCGUGUGUGCGUACUACUUCCCGUCCUGCGCCGCUACCACCUUGCGAAGAGACACCUGAACCAAAGUACACUGCAGAACCUCGAGGGGCAUCCAUAGGACGGGAGCCCACCACAGAAACAUCCUCUUCAUCUAGUGCUUUCCCUGCUGUUCCGCCUCGGGAUUUAGCUCCAGGGAAGCCUAGGCUGACAGUUGCAGAAGAGCGCUCGUCACGAGACGCGUGGGCGAAGUCCGCAACUGAGGAGAAAGCAGUCGGGUCCCCAUUACACGGUGGAGCUGUCGGUCUGUCUGACAUCAAACGGGAGCCACCUUCUCCCACCAUCAAGAAGGAGUCUGCGUAUUCAAUAGACUGGAAGGGCACAGUCCAAGAGAACCGCUCAGAUCCCUCACCCGCUCCACCUGCGCCUCCACCAUCCUCUUCGCCUGUUGCACCAACUACGUCCAGCAGUAUUGGUGGCUCUCCAGGAGAGGCUGGGAGGUCAUCAGGAGGACCACUUCCUGAAGCUUCUGACCGAAAGGACGGACCAGUGAAAAAACCCAAACUGCGGCCUCCACCCUUGAAGAAGACAUUUGAUUCUGUUGACAAGGUCUUGUCUGAGGUGGACUUUGAAGAACGAUUUGCAGAGCUUCCAGAGUUCAAGCCAGAAGAGGUGCUGCCCUCACCCACCCUUCAGUCUCUUGCCACCUCUCCUCGAGCUAUCCUGGGCUCCUACCGUAAGAAGCGCAAGAAUUCUACAGACUUAGACUCUUCUACAGAGGAUCCCAUAUCUCCGAAGAGGAAAAUGAGGAGGCGUUCUAGCUGCAGCUCCGAGCCCAACACCCCAAAGAGCGCCAAGUGUGAAGGAGACAUCUUCACGUUCGAUCGGACAGGCAGCGAGGCAGAAGACAUGUUGGCAGAGCUGGAGUACGACAAGGUCCCAUACUCGUCCUUACGUCGGACUUUGGAUCAGCGGCGGGCUCUGGUCAUGCAGCUUUUCCAGGAGCAUGGCUUCUUCCCAUCUUCCCAGGCCACGGCCGCCUUCCAGUCCCGCUACUCGGACAUCUUUCCCACAAAGGUGUGUCUCCAGCUGAAGAUCCGCGAGGUGAGACAGAAGAUCAUGCAGACCGCCACACCAACAGAACUUCACCCUUUUCAAGAGCACUCUUCCCCCAGCACCUCCGAAACCUCAGCACCUUCUGAAAUGCAGCCCCCCCAGGAUCCCACGCUGCGGCCCAACGAGCCCCCUGAUGCCACUUGGGAGGCAGGCCAGGAACCUCCUGACUCCUCCAACACUAGAUGA